CAUCAUCAGCAUCAACACACAAGCAUCACUGCCAAUCACCACUACAAGGCACAACAGGAGCCUCAAUCAUCAACUCACAACCACUACAACCACCUACAAAAAACCCCCACAUCCUUCAAAAUGCUUCCCAUCGUCAAGGCCGCCGCUGCCCCCAAGGUCGUCCCCGUCUUCUUGACCAUCGGCAGUGCCACCAUCGUCGGCUCCUACGUCCGCUCUCAGCUCAAGACCCAGUCUCGCACCUUUGAUCGCCAGUUUAGUCAGUACAACACAAAGGAGAGCGAGGCUGUGAGGGCAAAGACCUUUGAUGGAAAGGUUCCCGACCCCCGAACCAGCUUCUUUAACAUUCUCGGCUGGUAA